UCUCGCGAUAUUACUCGAGAUUCGAGAGACCAAGCGAUUCUUUUCCUCGAUACAUUUCGAUACAAGCAUGAAAUCAAUUCAUCAAUGUGAUUGGUUGGAUCUGAAAGUAAGACCCAAUCACACUCGACUGCAGUGGCCAUUCGGUGAAGGAUUAUACUGGAAUCACCCAAUGAAAAUUUUGUGAAAACGCUACUUUUCUCGGCUGCGAUUGGUUACACGUGACGUAAUUAAACAGUGCACGCACGUACGCAUGCACACCAGGGGAGGUUAUGCUGCGUCGUAGAUGCUGGCAUUUUACCGCUCCACGUUGUCUUCACGGAGUUCUCGUACGCUUCGUGGCAUUCGGCGUUUGAAUUGCACGUAUUUUAGCAAACUUCAAAAUGGAGCAAGAAAAAAGUAAGAAGAAGGAUAAGAAGAAGACGAUUGGCGAGCUGCAGUUGGAAGCGAAGUGCGAGAUCGAACCCUCCAAAAUGGAGGUGAAGCUCAAGUGUGAAAACUGGCCAUUGCUGUUUAAGAAUGUUGACAAGAUGUGUACACGCACGAAUCACUAUACCCCGUUGUCAAGCGGCUCUACACCGCUACAUCGUAGCUUGUCCGAGUAUAUAAAGUCAGGUUGCAUCAAUUUGGACAAGCCGUGCAAUCCCUCGUCGCACGAGGUAGUGGCUUGGAUAAAGAAGAUCCUGAAGGUAGAGAAGACCGGCCACUCCGGCACGUUGGAUCCCAAGGUGUCGGGGGUCCUGAUAGUCUGCAUAGACAAGGCGACGAGACUGGCCAAGUCCCAGCAGUCCGCCGGGAAGGAAUACGUUGCUGUGUUUAAGCUUCAUUCCGCCCCGGAAAGUAUACAGAAGGUGAAACAAGCAUUGGAAAAAUUGCGCGGUGCUCUAUUUCAAAGGCCGCCGCUGAUAUCAGCGGUCAAAAGACAACUCCGCGUUAGGACAGUUUACGACAGUUGGUUCCUUGAUUACGACCAGGAACGCAAUAUGGGAGUAUUCCGCGUUAGCUGUGAAGCUGGCUCCUAUAUUAGAACUAUGUGUGUCCAUCUCGGGCUCUUCUUAGGUACCGGUUGUCACAUGCAAGAACUUCGAAGAAGUCGUUCCGGCGUUCAGGCCGAAAAGGAUGGUAUGGUUACCAUGCAUGAUAUUCUCGACGCCCAGUGGAUGUAUGAAAAUCACGGGGACGAAUCGUAUCUAAGAAGAGUUAUAAAGCCGCUGGAAUCUUUGCUAGUGGGUCACAAAAGAAUCAUCAUAAAGGACAGCGCCGUGAAUGCAAUUUGUUAUGGAGCUAAAAUAAUGCUACCGGGCGUUUUGAUGUAUGACCAAGAUAUAGAGUGUAAUAAGGAAAUUGUAAUAGUGACUACUAAGGGCGAAGCCGUGGCACUUGCCAUAGCUUUGAUGUCUUCUUCAACCAUGGCUACCUGUGAUCAUGGAGUAGUUGCGAAACUUAAAAGAGUUAUCAUGGAGAGAGAUUCGUAUCCGAGGAAGUGGGGCUUGGGACCCAAAGCAUCGCAAAAGAAACGUAUGAUAGUUGAAGGGAUGUUAGAUAAACAUGGAAAACCUAAUGAAAACACACCUGCUGAAUGGUUACAUGGUUACAAAGACUAUGCCGAAUUGUCAACGACAACAGCAUCACCGACGACAUCCGCAGCAGCAUUAACAACAGCAUCAACAACGACGGAAAAGAAUGGUGACAUAACCAUUGGCAAAAAAAGGAAAAGAGAAGAAGACGCGAGUACGGUAGUAGAAAAAACAGCGGAUAAUUCAGAAACAUCACCGAAAGAUAAAAAGAAGAAAAAAGAGAAAAAGAAAAAGAAGGAGAAACAUGACACGGAAGGCGAAGAAGCUGCCACUGCAAUGGAAGAACCUGCCACUGCAGUGGAAGAAGCUGUCAGUGGGGAAUCCGCAGGAAAAGAAGAGAAAAAGAAAAAGAAGAAGAAGAAGAAGGACAAAGAUCAAGAACCUACCUCGAGUUAGAUUUAUAAAAACUUAUUGAAUUUUUUUAUUGAAUUAUAUUAUUUCUAGAUUAUAUUAAGACAAUUUUGUAUAUUAUACAAUAAACAGUUUUAUUCCGAGAACAUAAACAAAUACAAAAUAUCUGCGAGAUUCUUUCUUUUACAGUUUCUGAUGUUUCUCUUACGUUAUUCUUCAUAUAAAUCUUCUCAGAUGCGAAUGUACAAGUCUAAAGUUUAGAGUUUAGAGUCUAAACUAGUAUUCUCUAAUUUGUAUUCUGAUUUUUCUUAAGAUUAAGUUGAAAGAAUAUAUUGUACAUAUAUUUUUUUUAUUUUUUUUUAUCGUAAAGGAAUCAUGCAUACCUAUUUAUAUGCAUUUUGGUUUUUCUCCACGAUAUAUGAACCUACAUAAAUCAUGUAUAUAAUUUGAUAUAGAUUAUAAUUGCACACAGAUGUCUGAGUAUCAAUAAUAAUUUAUUAUAUUUUCAAGAAUGUAGACGGAAAAAAAUAACGUAACCAUUGGCAAGAAAAGAAAGAGAAGAAGACGCGAGUGCUGAUGUAGUGAAACAAAAAAUGUGAGAUAAAAAUUGAUUAUAAAUGUCUAUUCUGUGUCUAACUCUAUCAUCAUCAUCAAUAUCAAACUGAAGUUUGAAAUCGGGCCAUGGCCUCGAACUUCAGUAAUAUUGAUGAAGUUUCCUUCAAGUUUCUUAACAAUAAUUUUUAACGUGGCAGGUUGUUAGCCUAAACGCCCAAGCCUUGGAGGACCACUAAUCACUUUAUGGGAGG